UACAAAAUACAUUUGUUGGCUGUAUUUAAUGAAGAAACUAACUGGUAUAUGUUUUGUCUCAGGGAAAAACAAAGCGGUAUUUUCAGCAAACACAUGAACAACCGCAUCAUGGAUAAUGUUUCCAUUUCUUUAAACACAACCAUGAAUUCUACUUCAGAGAUCCAUGAGCUGGACCCACAAAUCAAACGCAUAGGACAUAUUUUGUAUGUUGCCUCUAUGGUACUCUAUCUUGUAGCUUUUUUACUUGGGACAACUGGGAAUGGCUUGGUCAUCUGGAUUGCAGGUUUCAGGAUGAAAAAGACAAUCAAUAGUGUGUGGUUCCUUAAUUUGGCCAUUGCAGAUUUCCUCUUCACAUUUUUUCUACCCAUCAUAUUUGUCUAUUUUGUCCUCUAUUUCCACUGGCCCUUUGGUAACUUCAUGUGCAAAUUAUACAGUACUUUGACUUUUAUCAACAUGUUUGCCAGUGUCUUUCUACUCACCGCUAUCAGUAUAGACCGGUGUGUCUCUGUUGUGUACCCUGUCUGGUCCCAGAACCACAGGACACCGCGCUUGGCCUCAUUGGUCACUCUGAUUAUUUGGCUUCUUGCCUUAUGUGCUAGUGUACCUUAUUUUGUUUUUAGAGACACAUAUGUAGAACAUCAUGGUUCUAUUACGUGCUACAUUGACUAUGGUUCCACUGAUGAUGGAGUAUUGACUGAUUCAGGAAAGCUAAAUAUCAAGGCUACAGUGACAACAAGAUUCAUCCUUGGCUUUUUCAUUCCUUUUGCCAUAAUUGUGUUUUGUUACACAGUGAUUGCAUUUAAACUCAAAAUGAAUCACACAUUCACAUCUACAAAGCCAUUCAAAAUUAUCGUCGCUGUUCUGAUAUCAUUUUUUGUCUGCUGGUUUCCCUUCCAUGUCUUCUCCUUUUUGGAAAUGUCUCGACACACUAAUGAAGACAUUCCGCAAAGCAUUCUGGAUAUUGGAAUUCCUAUCACCACCAGCCUGGCAUUUCUCAACAGCUGUGUCAACCCUUUCCUUUAUGUCUUUAUGGGAAGGGAAGUUAAGAGCAUAUUCAGGAAUUCUAUCCAGGUUGCUCUUGAGAAUGCUUUCUCUGAGGAUUUACCAAAAUCAUAUGUUAAAAGCAAAAGCAAGACUAUAGAAUCCAAUUUGGUCUAAAAUCCAAGUAUUUGUUUAUUAUAAAUAAUAAUUUUUUUAAUUAAAAUACAUGCUUGCAAACAGCUACAUUUUAUAUCAAUUGUUCCCUUUGUGGUGACUUGAUUCCAUAUUGAAAAAAGACUGCCCCAUGCACACCCUGGCCUCCUUGGUGCUACAGUCAUUCAUGAGACGGCACUCCCCAGUGUUCUAUAGACAACAGAGGAUUACCGACACACAAGCUUAUUGCAAUGGGGACUAGCUCUUUGACUUUAUUAUGUUCUGUUAGCGUAAUAAAGCCAAGGGAUAGUGCUCAUUAUAAUAACCUUUUCUGCUAACUGAAUUUCCAAUUUGAUAUGUUUUUGGGGGCCUAAUAAGUUACUCCCUGUAAGAGGUUAUUAGAUAUGUAUAAAUAUAGGGAAAUUACCCUUUUAUUGGGAGGUUGCUAAGUCUAUGUUUUACCUACAACUUGCUUUUCAGUGUUAAAACUCAUAAUUGGCUGCCCAUUUUAUUGGCAACUAUUGCAAUCAUCUAACUGUAGUUGGGGAUGGUGGAAGCUACACCAUUGAGCUGG